AUGAGGGCGGAGUCGAGGUCGAGGGAUAAGGAAAAGGAAAAGGAGAGGGAGAGGUCGAAGGAACAAGGGAAGGAGAGGGAGCGCACGCUCACGCGCGCUGAGGCGGCCCGCGAUACUCUGCGUGUACCUCUAUCUGGUUGGGUGUCCGCGCCACCCACCAAACUUGUCCUCUACCUUUUGUCCUCCCUCACGGGAAUACGCGAUGUAUGGGCACCUAAUCUAGAGGCGGAAAUGAGAGUCAUCCGCGAUCUGAUAGAACAUUUCCCGUAUGUCGCAAUGGACACCGAAUUUCUGGGAGUCGUCGCUCGUCAAAUAGGAAACUUUAAGACUUCCUCGGACUACCAUUAUCAAACUAUGCGGUGUAAUGUUGACCUGCUCAAGAUCAUUCAAGUUGGGAUCACGCUGGCGAACGAGGACGGGGAGUUUCCACAGGAAAUCUCAACAUGGCAUGAUGAUAUGUUCACGCCUGACUCUGUGGAACAAUUGCAAAAAGCUGGUAUUGAUUUCGGACGCCAUGAGGAGUUUGGGAUCCUUCCCAAUGAUUUCGCCGAACUUAUGAUUACGUCGGGCAUGGUGCUAUCGCACGAUACAAAAUGGAUAUCUUUCCGCAGCGGCUAUGAUUUUGGAUAUUUCGUGAAAGUUUUGACAGCGGAAUCUCUACCGACAAACGAAGAUGCCUUCUUUUUACUUCUCAAAAUAUGA